AUGAAUUUGAGUUUGAGUAAUUAUGAAAGAGUUCCACCACUGGAUUGUUAUCAACCCUCUGGGAAUCUUUUAGAUUUAGCCGACCGUAUGCUAGAAAAAUUUACUGUAGAAGAUAAUAAUUUACCUCAACUGCUGGACAGACUUCAAAUCACUUGUGAAAGUGGAACAACAUCAAGCGGAACAAAGGAUACUGAUUAUAUUAAUAAUGUGGACUCCAGUUACUUAUCUCAAAUAUCUCAGUUCCGAUUGAUUAAUAAGAUACCACUUCCUCAAGAAAUAUCUGACCAGUUUACCACUCUUGCAGCUGGUUCAUCAGGAGAUACAACUACCAUGGGAAUGUUUCCAGAUAUUAAUAGAGCCUGGAUGGCAGUUGAAAGUGAUAUAUAUUUAUGGAACUUCGAAACAGGAGGGGAUGUGGCAUACUUUGAUGGUUUAAGUGACCCUAUAGUGAGUGUUGGCCUUUUAGCUCCUAGACCUGGAGUUUUUCAAAGUUUUAUUAGUCAUCUUCUUAUUCUUACUACACCUGUAGAAAUAACUGUUCUUGGAGUUAUUUUGGCAUCUUCAAGUGAUCGAAAAGUUGGUGAUGAAUUGCAACUCACACCAGAUACCAUUUACACUUUAUCUACUGAUGGUGUUCCUAUAAGGGUUAUUAAAGGAACAAAGAAUGGACGAAUAUUUCUUGGAGGAAAAGAUGGAAAUCUUUAUGAAUUAGUUUACAGAAAAGAAAUGAGCUGGGGUGGUAAGAGAGCUUGGAAAGUGAAUCAUACCAAGGCUAUUCUGUCGUAUCUUGUUCCAACAUUUGUGUCAGGAGCUUUUUCUGAAGAAGAUCAAAUAACAGAAAUAACGGUCGAUGAAUCCCGAAAUAUUCUUUAUACACUAUCAAUAAGAGGAUCUAUUGAAGUUUUCGAUCUUGGUAGAAAUGGAGAUACAACGUGUAGAGUUGCAUCACUUCAUCAUUCUUUUAUCAACCGAAGUACUGUUGAUCUUAUUAGGAAAUCAUUUUAUUUCAGGAAUAUAACUCCUCCAGAUGUUAGUCGAGUCGUGAGUCUUUGCCCCAUUUCUGAAAAUGAUUCUCCACAUUUUGGAGUUGUGGGUGUUACAGAAAAUGGAAUUCGGUUAUAUUUUACUACAGGAAGCCCACCUAGGCCAUCUACAUUGUCUCUUCUUCAUGCCAGGCUGCCUCCUGGACAUGCUCCUAAUACAUCAAAUGUGAGGAUUGGCAGAGUAGCUAUGGCUAUUCAUAAAUCAGGUACAUUUAUUAUGGUAUCAUCCAUGGGUGACUAUUCUCCUGACCGGUUAUGGUGCUUCACUAUGGAUGGUUUAUCUGCUUUGAAGUUGCCCUUAACAGAAUUUGUCUUUACAAAUCCUCAAAAUGCUUCAAUUGCUAUUGCUGAAUCACGGGAAAAUAUGAGUUUGACAGAUCGAGGAUUACAUGGACACUUUCUAGUUUACCAGCAAAAUUAUCCCCAGGAUAGGUUUAUUAUUUUAAGUCAGCAGGGCACUGAUAUUUAUGAAAAGCUGAGACCUGUUGACAUAUUUGGAGAGCUAAUGCGAGAGAAAGGUGGACCAGACUGUGAAGAAGUAAAACAAUUCUUUGCUCAGCAUGGUUCAGAUCAGGCAUGUGCAAUGGCUCUUAUACUUGCCUGUGACGAAACCAAUCAACAUAUGGCAGAAUGGGCUACACGUGCUUUUUUUCUUUAUGGAGGUGACCCUAAAUAUGUUCUACAAACCAUUCAGCAACCUAUACAACAGCCAACCAUGACCAACCCUCUUCAGCAAAGCAUAAUGCAUCAUACACUACCUUUAGGUUUCAAACCAGGUACCGUCAGUACUCCUUUAGGAGAGAAGCAAGUGCAACCCUCAAGAAGUAUAGAAACUUAUGGAGUAUCAAUGUCAUCCAAACAUAAUGGGCUCUACAUUUUCCUUAGUCGGAUGCUUCGACCAGUUUGGUUAAGAAGAGUUUUAGAUGUCAAUUAUAAUAAAAAACCUAUUUACCUGCCAACUAUUACUUGUGAAGAACUUAGUUUAAAGACAGUUCAACUGUAUGAGCUUCGUUCAUUUCUUGCAAGAUACACCUUAAGCUCAUCAGAUGUUGGUACAAGUUUGCAGCCAGCCAACAAUACAACUGUGGUUUCUCCAAGUGGCCAACGCACUCGUUUGCAGGAAGCGCUCAUUCAAGAAAAGGCCUCACUUGAUGCUUUAAGGAAUUUUGUUGAGCGAAUCACCCAAGUUUUCUCUCUUUGGAAGUUGUUAUGUGAUCAUGAAUUGCCUCUAAUUGUGGAAUCUCUUUCUCCGGAAAGUCAAGAUCAAUUAAUACACAUUACAUUUAGAGAGUUUAUUCUUAAAGGAGAAGAUUUAUGUCAUGAACUUAUCUCAAAAUUAGUCAGUUUGUAUUUGAAUGAUAAUGCUUCUGUCGAUCCAAUUAGUUCAAAACUGAGAGAAGUGUGUCCUCUUCUUUAUAAAAAUGAAGACGCAACAUGUACAAAAGUAAAUGAAAUUCUUCAAAUGGCAUUAGAUGAAGUUGAUGAGGAAGCUAAGUUGAACCUCUUACGAUCAGCGAUUGAUCUUUGUAAAAAUGUAUCACCAAAUGUUGAUAUUGAUUCAGUAUGCAAGAGCUUAGUCAAAUGUGGAUAUUAUGACGGAGUUUUAGAAAUGUGCCAGGAUGUCGCUAGCAAAUCUGAUUCAAAUUCACUGGCUUCAAAGUUUAUAGCUAGAGGUAGGCCUGUAGAAGAUGUCGAAGGAAGUAAGGCAUUUGAAGCCAGACAUAAGGCUUACCAACAAAUAGUUCAUUUAUUAGACUUCCUGUACCAACAGUGCCAAUUGGGAGGCAAUAAUAUUCCCCCUCUCUUUGGAAGUGCUGACUUAUCUUCUCACUCACAAAAACUUUUGGAGGCCACCCUUGAAAAAUGCUUGUCAGUAGAAGAUGAAACUUGUCACAUUGUGGUUUAUGAUUGGCUUGUUAGCCGAGAACUCCAAGCAUCACUUGUUUCAUUAGGUAGACCUUCAGUUGAGAGAUUUCUUUCACGCUAUCCUGUCGAUAGCCCUCUAAGAGAUCUUUUAUGGCAAUAUCAUGAGAAAUCAGGGAAUCAUGCUCCUGCUGCUAAUAUACUGUAUAAGAUUGCUACUGCCCCUGGAGAAUUUAUAACUCUCCAUCAACGAUUAACAUAUCUUGGAAAGGCUGUUAUGUGUAUGCGAAGUGAUGGAGUGGGAUGUGCAUCACAUUUAGGUGUAUUUCUCCAUGAAUUAGAAGAUUUAGUACAUGUUGCUCGAGUGCAGAAACAGAUUUUAGAAAGGAUCACCUCAAUGCCAGAUGUUAGUGACAUAAAUGUACAAGAUGCUUGUAGGAAACUCAAUGCCAAUUUACUUUCAAUCACUGAGCUCUAUGAAUCUUUUGCUGAGCCUUUUGGACUUUGGGAACAGAAACUUGCCAUUUUAGACUGUGCUGGUCAUGAUGAUAAAGAACUCAUAAAUUCUAUUUGGGACAAUAUAAUACUAAAAGAGCUUGAUCAGUGUAAUUCUAGAGAUCCUUCUGGGCAAAUGGUUGUACUAGUAUCAAAAGUUAGAUCAUUAGGCCUUCAGUUUGGUAUACAGUCUCCAUGUUUUCCUAUUGAAUAUCUUGUUUGGCAAUUGGAAUUGAUCAGCUGCAAGCUUGGAGUAGAUAAAUUUCAUGUACACAAUAUCAUGACAUCAUUAGGUGUUCCUUAUUCAACACUUCUGGAUAUCUAUUCAAAGAUGUAUUCAGCAAAUGAUAACUGUUGGCUUGAAUCUGAUAAUGAAUUUCAUUUGAUUCAAGUGAUUGCAAGCUUCUGUGAAUCCUUUAGCGAUAACAAACAGUUGACAACCUCAGCACAAGAAAGAAAAUCAACUGCUGUACUAAUGCAUGACUUGAUUAAUGAAUGUAUAAUUGUUCUUCAUAGCAAAACUGGAUUGGGUGAGCUGGUCGGUUAUCUUAAAAGCAUACAAACUAAAUUGGAAAGAAUCUAG